CGGGACUUCACUUCGAGUGACAGGAAAAUAAGAUAUUGGAUGAGGAAAGUAGUCUGAAGGGGGAAUUUAGAGCGGGAUUAUGCAGAGCAGUUGCUUCCACACAUAUGCCUUAAUCUGGCUACUGCAAGGUGUAAUCUGCUUGGAAAUUUCUGCGCUUCAGAGCUUAGAAUUUGACUCCAUAUUACCAGACAACAUACAAGCGUACGACAACUUACAGCCUCCUAGAGAUAAAGGGAAAGCCACAGUUGUACGUUUCCAUGUUACUGUUUUAAGCAUAGAUACAAUAGAUGAAGGCUCAAUGACGUACGUCGCAGACAUUUUUAUGUCCCAGAGCUGGAAAGACCACCGACUCUUAUUGCCAGAGAACAUGACGACCAAAUAUCGUCUGCUGCCCAUCAGCUGGCUGAAGAAGAUGUGGCGGCCGGAUUCCUUCUUUAAGAAUGCCAAGAAAGUCACCUUCCAGGAGAUGACCAUACCGAACCACUACAUUUGGCUUUACAGUGAUAAAACAAUCCUUUAUAUGGUCAAACUGACUUUGUUGCUGUCUUGUGCGAUGAAGUUUGAAUCAUAUCCACACGACACGCAAACUUGCACAAUGAAAAUUGAAAGUUUAUCCUAUACGACGGAUGAUUUGGUGUUCGACUGGGAGAAAGAUGUUCCCUUAGUUGUAGAUGAAUCAAUAGAGCUUCCUCAGCAUAACCUCGUGGAGACCAAGCUCGGAGAUUGCACCCAAGAAUAUUCCACAGGCAAUUUCACGUGCAUCGAAGUGUCUUUCCGCCUGAAACGAAGGCUUGGCUAUUACCUGUUCCACACCUACAUCCCAACCUGCCUGAUCGUCAUCAUGUCCUGGAUAUCCUUCUGGAUCAAGGCCGAGGCCGUUCCCGCCAGAGUCACCCUCUGCGUCACCUCCCUGCUCACCCUGUCCACCCAGCACGCGCAGUCGCAGAAGUCGCUUCCCCCCGUUUCCUACAUCAAGGCCAUCGACAUCUUCAUGUCUUCGUGCACCGUCUUCGUGUUCGCCUCGCUGAUGGAGUAUGCCCUGGUCAACAUUCUCAUGGGAGAGGCCGGCGAUGGAGGCCACCAGGAUCUCUGCACCAUCGAAAAAGUUCUGCCCAAUGAUGCUGUCAUUGUGACCAAAUUGCUGAACCGAGAGGAUUCGACUCAGCAACUGCCCAACGGCAACAAAUCGCGCCUGUCAUCGAUUACCAUUCGUCCGAACCGCCAUCAGCAGUGGGCCAUCUGCAUCGACAAAGUUUCUCGGGUGACCUUCCCGCUGCUCUUCCUCCUGCUCAAUGCCGCCUAUUGGUCUUUCUACCUAAUUCUUGAAUAA